AUGCUUGCUCAACAACUCCUCGCUCUUGGUGGUCUCGUGCUUGCCGGCCAUGUGGCUAUCGCGGCGAAGCUGGAGCACGACGACGUUCCCAGCCGUUGCUGGGCUCCAUGUGGCCCUGUGGUGGGAAUUUCGGAGAAGUGUGAUCACAAGUAUGACAACGACUCUGCUGAGCUGAAUUGCAUCUGUGACUGGAGCCCGGCGAAGACCCAAAUUCCCCUCUGUGCGGCUUGCAUUACCCAGUAUGGAAACAGAGACAAUGAUCACGAUGACGACGACGACAACGAUGACAACGACGACAACGAUGACAACGACGAUGAUGAUAAUGAUGCUCUUGAUAUUGUGCAUUCGUGUCAUUUUAGCACAACUACAUACAACGCCGCCGCCGCGACAAUCCUGAGUGAUACUACUACUACCGCGACUGAAUUGAGAUCCAAUGCUGCCUCUGCAACUGCUACUAAUAGCCCGAGCUCUACUGGCAGCAGCACUAGUGAUUCGACUAGCUCCAACUCAACUGGCAGCAGUACCAGUGACUCGACUAGCUCCGACUCAACUGGAUCGAAUGGCUCGGCUUCUUCUACCCCGACCACCGACGCAGCAGCCGGUAUGUCCGUACCUGGUGCUGUUGCUCUUACUAUCGCGGGUCUGAUGCCCCUGGCUUGGCUGUGA